AUGGGGGUCGAGAAGAAAGCGGUGGGGAAGGCGCUUCUUGGCCCCGGUUCGCGGAUUGCGGUGAUGGAUGCGCUGUCAGAAGAGGGCACAAGGGAUGUUCGGAGCCUGAAGUCGGCGCUGCGUCGGGAGUUCGGUCCGUUCCAGAGCGGGUACCAUGACCGGCUCAAUCAGCGACGCAAAGCAGCCCUCCGAGACAUACGGCGGCGGACGACCAGCCGUCGCGGUCACAGGGACGCCUGUCGACUGGUACCGGCGGACGCGCGCCGGCCGGUCGCGCUGAGAGGACGGGUCCGGGAGCUGAGAGAACCGGUCCGCGAGCUGGCCAUGCGCGGCAUCAGCCGCGGCUGGAUGCUCUGCCGCGCCCACUGCUUACCUCUGCCCGAACAGGGCGGAGGUGAACGCCUGGUCACCAAGGCCGACUGCGGCCUUGUACCGUCGGCCACGACGAUCGAUUUGUCGAAGGCGUUCGAUAGCGUCGACCACAGCGUCAUCUUCAACAAACUGGUGGUGAUCCUGAACAAAGGUCAUGACCGAGCAGUCGACUACUGGAGCCUCGGCGUGCUCAUGUUCGAGCUCUACACGGGAGCCCCGCCGUUCUCGGCGUCUGACCCGAUGAAGACGUACAACAUCAUCUUGAAGGGAAUCGACAUCAUCGACUUCCCCCGGCACAUCCCCCGCUCCGGCGAGCAGCUGAUCAAGCGGCUGUGCAGGGACAUCCCCACUGAGAGGCUCGGGUACCAGCGCAAUGGCGUCGAGGACAUCCGAAAGCACAAGUGGUUCCAGGGCUUUGACUGGGAGGGCCUGCGCUGUCGAAGCCUCACGCCGCCCAUCAUACCGCAGGUGAAGGGCCCCACGGACGCGUCCAACUUCGACUGCUACUCGCGCGACCUGGAGACACCUCCGGACGAGCUGUCCGGCUGGGAUGAUGACUUCUGAUGGUGUGAGACGCGGCCGCCCGCGCAGGCCGCCACGGAAGACGGCGUCACCGUCGCUGAGAAAGACGGCGCCACCGUCGCGAGGGAGGACGGCGCUAUCGUCGCUGCGAAAGAUGGUGUCACUGCCGCUGCUGACGAGGGCGAUACCAAGGUCACCAGGGACGGUGCCACGGACGCUACGGCGGAGAAAGGCACCGUGGCUUCGGAGCACAACGCCGCCGCUGCUGCAGGAGUAUUCGCCUCCGCUGGCGUGGAGAGCGACGCCGCCGCCAACGAAGAUGGCGCCACUGCCGCCGCAGAGGACGUCCCAGCGCACAGGAGGACUCGUCCGAGCCUGUGACCUGCUCAGCACUAGGGGCUGGAGCCGUUGGGGUGACGUAAUCGAUGAGUCACCCCAGUGAGCCGCGCGGGCCAGCGCGAGAAAACCGACACAUCAUGUCACGUGCCUCCGCAGCGACGUCGCCGCCCGUUUGGCGCGGGCGAGGCCGCCGACCACGUGACCCGAGCCGGCCGGGGUCACACGGCGCCGCUCGCCACCAGGGUGCGGGCUGCGAGGCGCGGAGUGCUCGAGCGGUGGCGGACUCGGGGCGCCGUCUCGUACGCCGUCCAGUGGAGUGGGGUUGCGCGGGUGACGGUCGCCUUUAGGGAUGGGUCUGGUGUUGAAGCGCGCGGCGGCGGACACAGCUGCGGCCUGCCCGCCAGCGGCAGCGAUGACGUGGGUCUCUUCGAAAGUCGUCUACAAAGCCGUGUCGCGAGAGAUGUUUAUUUUUUAGAGAGCGUGCGCAGCGGUGUGUGAUAAACUUUGGCGCGUUCUGCGCAGGACAAUCAUAGCGUGGCGCCGGAUUAACGAGCCCACGAGGUGGCACCGGGCGUCAACAUGGCGUCAACGUCAACUCAACGUGGCGGCGUCCUGGUUCACGGCGCCCUGGCGGAGGCAGACGCCAUAGGCAGGUGGCAACAGCACGCCGUCGCUCUCCGGUUGCAGUGGCUGUGCGGAUGUAUCACUCGAGUGACGUCACGGGACUAUAUCACUGAGUGACGUCACGCGGUGAAGCGGACACUGCUCGCACUGCGUCUGUUCACAUAUUAAUUGUAACGGUCGCCGGGAAAGCGAUUGAUGGCUGACAGCCAAUCACGAGCGGAACUGGUCAGCGGCGUCUUUAAUUGGCCGACCAUCGGUGAGGAUUCUGGACCGCGCACCAAUCAGGGGAAGGUCUGUAUUGGACGCCGAUUCUGUAGUGUACUUGUUACCAUAGAAGCGAUACAUCUGAUUCUGCUA